UACAAAAUACCAGAUACAAGCGAUGCAAGCAGUAUUGCAAAUGGUAAUGAGAUCUACCAUAUCGUUCAAUUUAAUUAUUUCCUAUGUAUUCUCUUUAUAAUUCCUUUUAAACAUUCCUCCUCCCACUCACCUCUCUCUCAUUCUCUCUCUCUCUCUUUUUUUCUCUCUUUUUCCAAUAUCGUAACAUUAAUAAUCUUCUUUCGUCGAUGAUACAACAACACACCUUUCACACAUAUUUUAGAUUCCGAUCGUAGAAACGAAUCCGUUAUGAACGAUAAAAUUUCUCGCGUUAAUCGCAAGAGGGCUAGAAAGAAGAGAGAGAGAGAGAGAGAGAGAGAGAAAAAAAGGAAGAAAAAGAAAAAAAAAGACACUCUCGUAAAUCAAAAAGAUUCCAAAAUGGAAACGAAAUUCUUUGUAACUUAGCAAACGUAGACGCAACAUCGGUUGCGUUAAACAAACAAUCGGUUUUGUUUUUCAAAUAAUAACGAUUCUCUCUCGAGAUGCUGGAGAUCUUUGCACUUUGUAGUUGUGCCUGUCUCGCUUGUCUCUGGUGUGCCAUCGCUAUUGAACUAACCAAAGAUAAAUACUCUCGUAAAAAAUUUGAUGAACUAUUUGGUACGAAUUGUACACAAUGUAGCAAAGAUCGUGGACCUAUCAAUACGAUACAAUGCAACAAUAAUCACGUUUUACGAAAGCCUUCUAACGUGGACGCAUGUGUAAUACACUCCACCAAGUGUCGUAAAAAUAAAUCACAAGAAAAAAAAGAAGUAACGCAUUGUAUGGAUGUCAAAAGAAAAAUUAGAAAGAAAUUAAUCAAUUCUCAUCGUUUGGCAUCGAAUUCGAUGCCAAUUCUACCAUGCAAGGUUUGUUGUCGUGUAAAAAAUCGGUGUGAGUGUGCGAAAACUAAUGAAAAUGUACCUACAUUUGAUGUGACCAUCCAUAAUUGUUCCUGUCCAAAUUUGAACUGUCAAGGACAACAACAACAACAUUAUAAUGGAUCACCCAUACGAUUAUCUUACUAUUCAAUGACCUUUGAUCCGUGUCAACAAAUGCCAAUAUCUAAUAUAAAUAAUAUACCUAAUAUAAAUAAUAUACCAUACAUAUCUAAUAUACCGAAAGUAUUUAAAAAUAACCUACCUAACGUACUUAACAUACCUAACAUAUCUAAUAUACCUAAUAUACCUAAUAUGACUAACAUAUCUAAUGUGCCUAAUAUUUGGAAGGAUUACACGCAAUAUUACAAACAAAUACCAGCUAAUUUCAAGAGAAAACGAUAUUUUCCGAGGAAACUAAAGGGACGACGAAAUUAUUUGUAAUAAUAGAUAAUAAUAUAUAUUUUAUGUAGUGUCAUUGAUAUAUCUCUUUGUGUCCUUUCAU